AUGCAUCUUUCUGGAAUUCAACCUAUUUCUUGGUCCUUGUCUCCGCUAUUUUCCUGCUUCAGGAGGUCCUAGAAACUUCCAUUUUCACGGAUACUUUGGUCUUCCGGGUGGCUCCAUGGAUCAUGACCCCAAACACCUUGCAGCCAGUUACGGUUUACGUCUGCAGUGUCAAGGACAACUAUCUCUUCCUGAAGGAAAUUAACAGUUUGGUGAGCAAAGCCGGAUGCAAGAUUAGUGUUUGCUCUCGGUACAUGAACCGUGGCGACCGAUGGAUGCAGGACGAGAUUGAAUUUGGCUACAUUCAGGCACCCCACAAGCAGUUCCCGGUGGUUUUGGACUCUCCGCGGGAUGGAGGCCUGGAAUAUUUUGCCGUCAAAGAGAUUUUGGGCCCAGAUUUUGGCUACGUGACACGGGAGCCUCUCUUUGAGAUCGUCACCGGCCUGGACUCCUUUGGGAACUUGGAGGUCAGCCCCCCGGUCUCGGUCCAUGGAAAGGAGUAUCCUUUGGGCAGGAUCCUCAUUGGGAGCAGCUUCCCCACUUCUGGGGGACGCCGAAUGACCAAGGUGGUGCGCAACUUCCUCCAGGCCCAGCGGGUCCAGUCCCCAGUGGAGUUGUAUUCAGACUGGCUGACCGUUGGCCACGUGGACGAGUUUGUGAGCUUCGUUCCCGUCCCUGGCAAGAAG